CAGAAUUUAAAAACAAACACCGCACUGGCACGUGUGUUGAUUUCGCGCUGAGAAUAUUCCGCGUACCUACGCAGAUACGAGCGCAGAUCUAUCUUCGAUAUCAUCCACAAGAACCAUGGUGCGGGUGGACUUUUCCCAGCUGGUAGAACUGCAAUCACUACCUGAGCGAAUACGCAACAUCUGCAUUCUGGCGCAUGUAGAUCAUGGUAAGACGACAUUAGCUGAUUCGCUCAUUGCCAGUAAUGGAAUUAUCUCGCAGCGCUUGGCUGGGAAGCUGCGUUACAUGGACAGCAGGCCAGAUGAACAAGAACGACAGAUCACGAUGAAAAGCAGUAGCAUAGCUUUGUACUACGAGGGACAUUUGGUAAACCUGAUUGAUUCCCCAGGGCAUGUGGACUUUAGUAGUGAAGUAUCCACAGCAGUGAGGCUUUGCGACGGAGCGAUCGUUGUGGUAGACGUCGUAGAGGGAGUGUGUCCCCAGACAAGAAUUUGCCUGAAGCAGGCCUACAGUGAGAAUUUGAGGACUGUUCUGUUACUUAACAAAGUGGAUCGGUUGGUGUUGGAGAAAAAGAUGGAUCCAGUGGAAGCGUACAGGCACUUGACACGGGUUCUGGAGCAGGUCAAUGCUGUGGUUGGUAAUAUAUUUGCGUCCGAUGUGCUGGCAAAGGAAGAUCUGAGUGCUAAUCACCAGAUAUCGGCUCUAGAAGAUACAGACGAUUCGAGGAUCUAUUACACACCCUCGAAUGGAAAUGUUCUCUUCGGUUCAGCGUUAGAUGGCUGGGGAUUCACGCUAAGGGCAUUCGCUAAACUGUAUCAAGAGAAGUUGGGAGUUCCGUUGGCGCAACUCGAAGAAGCAAUGUGGGGUGAUUAUUUCUACAGUCAAAAGAAAAGCAUCGAAAAGGGCGCACUAGAAAAAGGACGAAAACCGUUAUUUGUUCAACUCGAUUUGGCUAAUUUGUGGAACAUCUAUGACUUGAUUGAUCACCGAGAUUUGGAUAAGCUAAAAGCGAUAUCUGAGAAACUUGGAAUAAAACAAACCGCGAGCGAUAUGAAACAUGCGGAUAUUCGAAUACCGAUUAAAAAUUUGCUAUCUCAAUGGCUGCCGAUGGAGAAAUCUCUUCUAGAGAUGGUCGUGAGCAUUGUACCACAUCCGCGUAUGAUUCCGCAGAUGAAAGCUGAGAAGUUGCUCUGCUCUAGGAUGGAAGACUUUCAUUCAUUCCCGGAUCGAACGCAACGACUAAGGGAAGAUAUUCUGAACUGUGAUGCUGGAAGUGAAACAUUGAUUGUGUUCAUUUCGAAAAUGUUUCCUGUAGAUAGGAAAACGUUGCCACAAUCCGUGGCAGAUAGUUUAUCUAAAAUGACGUUGUUGGAGGACUGCGUUGAGCAGGAUGAUUGUGAGGAAGCCUUUCUUGCUUUUGCACGAGUCUACAGCGGAACACUAAAGCAAGGUGAUAAGGUGUACGUGAUAGGUCCAAAGCACGAUCCUAGAAAUCUGUUGUCGGAGAAUUACGAUUUGGAAGCAUCGCCACACAUAACACAGGUAAAUGUAGAUCAUCUAUUUAUGUUGAUGGGUCGACAAUUGGAGAUGAUCCCGUCCGUCCCGGCGGGAAGCAUAGCAGGAAUUGCUGGUCUCCAGAAUCACGUAUUGAAAACGGCAACCCUCAGUAAUACUCCCUACUGUCCUCCAUUUGUGGACCUGCCAGCGAUAGCUACUCCGAUUCUUAGAGUUGCAGUCGAAUCCAAGGACAUUCAACACAUGCCAAAGUUGGUCCGAGGAUUGAAACUUUUGAAUCAAGCGGAUGCUUGCGUAGAAGUCCGCAUCCAGGAGAGCGGGGAGCACGUGCUCUUAACUCUAGGGGAGGUCCACUUGGAACGAUGUAUCAAGGAUCUGGAAGAUACCUACGCCAAAGUCAAACUCAAUGUAUCCAAGCCGAUUGUUCCGUUCAAGGAGACGAUUGUUAAAUUUGUUCCUACUUCCGAGGAAAACCCAGAGGAAGAAAUUGCGAAAGAAAGAGAACGAGAUAAAACUGUGACGAUCUACACACCUAACAAACAAAGCUUUAUCAAACUGAUCGCAAUUCCUCUACCAGACGAAGCGACUGAGCUUCUAGAACGAUGUAAUUCCCUUUUGAAGGCAUUAGCCAAGGCUCAUGAGGCGAAGGAGAUUUCGCACAAUCUUAAAGAAUCUCUGGAAGAACUCAAAGUUCGGCUUAGUAACAUUUUUACCGAAUGCGAAACUGAAGAUCUGCAAUCAACUUCAGUGGAUAAAAUUUGGAGUUUUGGUCCGAAGAAAAGUGGCACCAACAUACUGAUGAAUUAUUCCUCUUUCUGCCAUCCCUCGGUGUGGAGUUUACGACAAAGCUCCACUGAGCAAGUAACCGACAUACGGCAGAGUUUGGAAUCAUCCUUCGUUAAUGGAUUUCAGUUGGCUAGUUUGGCAGGACCGUUGGCAGACGAACCAAUGCAGGGUGUUUGUUUUAUUGUGCAGGAAUGGAAUAUUGCCGCUCCUGAUACGGAAGCCGAUGAAUCAAGUUCCACUGUUUUAUCACAUGGACCCCUUUCUGGUCAAAUAAUGUCCAUCGUCAAAGAAGGCUGCAAGAAGGCAUUCCAGAGUCAGCCCCAACGGUUGGUUCAUCCGAUGUACAGCUGCAACAUCACCGUCAAUUCGGACGUUCUAGGCAAACUGUAUGCAGUGAUCGGUCGGAGACAGGGCCGAAUCGUUUCGGCUGAUCUGAUCGAAGGAAGCGGACAGUUCGACGUUAGUGCUCUGAUUCCGGUGAUCGAGUCGUUCAAUUUCGCCACCGAAAUUCGCAAGCAGACGUCGGGUUUGGCAAUGCCACAACUGGUGUUCAGCCAUUGGGAGAUCGUGAACAUUGAUCCCUACUGGGUGCCGAGCACGGAAGAAGAAUACGAACAGUACGGCGAGAAGGCGGAUUUCACCAACAUUGCCAAGGUUUAUAUGGAUUCGAUUCGAGAACGGAAGGGACUGUCAGUGGAGAAGAAAACUGUGGAGCACGCCGAGAAACAACGGACCCUUUCAAAAAAUAAAUGAUGUUGUUGAUGUUUCCUCCUGAUGCUUUAUGUAUUAAAUGUAAAUAAUUAGCAAGUGGUAGUAUUUAUAUUUAAAUUAAUAAGAAUGUAAAUUUUUAUCACCGA